AUGACGUGUUUCUGUAAUGAUGAGUAUUUUCAGGGUGCUGAAUCCUCAAGCAUGGAAGAGGAUCCAUCUGUUGAGCUGCAGGAUCUUGAAAGUAAGGUUAGAUCUAUCGAAACCGCUGUGCUUGAAAUGCAGAUGUUGGCAGUGCAGGACAGGUUGGAUUCCGAAGCAAAGCUGGAAUCAGCAAUGAGGCAGAUAGAGGAAUUGAGUUAUCAAAAGAGUUCCCGUAAAUCAAACAGUAAGCCGAAAUCGACAUCGGAAAUUUCGGAAGUGGAAAUCGGAAUCCUACCAAAAGACAUCAUGUUGGAUCAAGCAUCGGAAUGUUCCUCAUAUGGGAUGAGUAAAAGAGGACCAAUUGAAGGUGAGGCAUGGGAGAGUGCCGAUAAAUUCCGACACCAUCCGACCGCCUCCGAGGUGUCUCUGGAAACUCUGGAAUCGGAAUCAAACGUGGUGAUGGAGAUGGGGAAACCAGAGGUGUCGAAGAGAUUCCGGGGAGACGACGGAAACAAAAGAAAAGUAUUGGAAAGACUGAAUUCCGAUGUUCAAAAGCUUACAAACCUUCAAAUCACAAUCGAGGAUCUAAAACGGAAAGUCGAGAUAACCGGAAACAGCAGAAGAGGAAAAGCAAUGAUCGAAUGCGAGACGUUGAAAGGCCAACUCAUGGAAGCGGAAUCCGCGAUUCAAAAGCUAUACGAACUGAAUGGAAAACUGGUGAAACAUAUCGAGGGCCAUUCCAACUCAUCAACAACACCGGAAUCGGUAGAAAACGAAAGCAUGAGAAGGAAAAAGGUGUCUGAACAAGCGAGAAGAGUAUCUGAAAAAAUCGGCCGGUUGCAGUUAGAAGUGCAAAAGAUACAAUUCGUGUUGUUGAAACUGGAUGAUGAAAAUGAGGCACAAGGAAAAUCUCGUUUUAUGGAUACUAAAAAACGAGUUCUUUUGAAAGAUUAUCUUUAUGGUGCUGGAAGAACAAAAGCAACUGUUAGCAGCAGUGGGAGAAGAAAGAAGAGCAACUUUUGUGCUUGUGUUGAGCCUUCGACUAAAGGAGAUUGA